AUGGCCGUUUCCUCUCUCUUUCUCCUAAUCAGCCACUCCACUACCAGAUCUGACGUGGCCAUCGUAGGAUGCAACGACGUGAGGAGCAAAGCCAAGCCGUGCUUCAGCUACGCCGAAGGUAAAGGCGACCAGAACGCCGUCCCUCCAGCCUACUGCGACGGGAUACAUAACAUCUCCGACGAAGCGAAGACCGCUGAGGACGAGAAGGGCAUUUGCAACUGUCUGAAGCAGCUCUCCCACAUGUUAAAGAAAGGACUGGUCGAUAGCUGGUUGCAACAAAUUCCUGGGAGGUGCGCAGUCAACGUUCUUUUCAUGCUCUCUAUUGAUGUUGACUAUGACAAGUUCGAAAAGUCACUCAUUUGCUUAGCGUAUACAUAUACUUCUAUUCUUUAUGUAGAUGGAGUAAUUCAUGUUGAUUACAUAUUAACAUAUGGUUACCUUACCUGUUCCAAUAUAAAUGAUAUGAUCUGUGCUUGA